GCACUUGCUUUGACAAUGACGGGCAGCUUCCGAGAACAGAAGCUUUUGAGUUCAAAGAGAAUACUUUGGUAUUUAAUUCCUUCACUUCUCAAUAAUUCUACCGCCUCCUUUCUCAAGAAACAAGUCGAGUGGGCACGGAGCGAAACACACACACACACGACCCCGAUGGUGGCGUACUAAGCUCUUAGCCGCUGCCUGGACAUGCAUGUUUUGAACGUCAUGUGUCAUCGCCAUCACCGGGCCAAAAUGGAUUCUUUACUGUGGCGAAGGAAUGUAAUAAGGUAGGACCCGGCUGAGGGGUGGGGGAUUCCGAUUCGACUUGAGCUCCAGCAUCCGCAGCGCAUCGCCGAACUUCCGUGACAAUCAAACAUGGCCUUCCGCUGCUCUGCUUUGACGAGAAAGCAUCCCUGGACAUACUCGCCUGUCCUCAUGGCCCUGGUGGCUCUCCUGCUUGCUCCUGCACUUGGACAACUGGACUUUAAUCGACUGGAUGGCGACACCGUCUGCCCACCUAUGAGAAGCGGACAGGAUGAUCUUCCGGGUUUUGAUUUGAUCACCCAAUUCCAGCUUGAUGUCAUCCCGCUGAAAGGCGUGAGGAAGGUGGACGGCUCAACUCCCCUGCAAGUGGCCUACCGCCUGGACCGGGAGGCCAACUUCCAAAUUCCAACCAUGCUGAACUUCCCUCGCGGUUUCCCCGAUGAAUAUUCCUUCAUGGUGACGUUCCGCAUGAUCAAGAACACCGUGAGCAAAGUGUGGAACGUCUGGCAAAUCGUGGACGAGGACGGCCGCAAGCAAGCCGGAAUGAGGCUCAACGGGGACCGGCAGUCCCUGGAGUACUUCCUGACCAGCCCCGACGGCAACCUGCAGACCGUCACCUUCCCCGGCCUGUCCGUGCUCUUCAACACCAAGUGGCACAAGGUGAUGAUCGGCGUCGAGCGCGAGCAGGUCACGCUCUACGUGGACUGCCAGCCCGUGGACCGGAAGCCCAUCAAGGGCAAGGGGGCCAUUAACACCGAGGGGGACACUCUGAUCGGCAGGCUUGACGCUGACCCCGAAGCGUCCGUGGUGUUUGAGCUCCAGUGGAUGCUGAUUCACUGCGACCCAAAGAGAGCCCAGCGCGAGAACUGCAACGAGUUACCAGCCACCGAGAUGUUUGCCAAUGCUGAGCCUGAAAGAUCCGUCCCAGGCCCCCCUGGAGUCAGCGGCCCCGAGGGUCCUCGCGGGCCUGCGGGGGAAGAUGGUCGAGAUGGACGAGAUGGUCUUCCGGGGUCUCCUGGCAGCCCAGGUCCGGCUGGCAGCAAAGGCGAGCAGGGGGAAAUUGGACUUCCUGGGCAGCGAGGCCUACCUGGUCUACCAGGACCUACUGGUUCUCCUGGCCCAAUGGGUCCCAGAGGGAUAGUGGGCGAGAGAGGUCUUCCUGGUUUUCCUGGUCCUGCAGGUCCUGCUGGCCCAGCAAGUGAAGGACCUCCUGGACCACCAGGAAAACCGGGAAUCCCGGGCGAUGAAGGCAAUAUCGGGCCUGAGGGUGCACCAGGAGCCAAAGGGGAUACUGGAAAGGCAGGACCUCCAGGGCUUCCAGGACCUCCUGGUCCAGCGGGCCCUCCUGGUCCCAGUGGUGAGGGAAGUGGGGAAUCUUGCCCUGCAGCCUGCCCUGCUGGACCUCAGGGAUUGGCUGGGCUACCAGGCUUGAAGGGACACAAAGGUAUGCCUGGUGAAAAUGGCAAAGAUGGAAUACCUGGAGAAAAGGGAGAUUCUGGACCUGAAGGCCCUCAAGGUGCGCCAGGUCGCAUGGGAGACGACGGACAAAGAGGACCCAUUGGACCAACUGGUACAACAGGAGAAAAAGGAGACAGGGGUCCUCCGGGUUUCAAUGGCAUGCCCGGACCCACCGGCCCACCAGGAGCGCCUGGUGUGGAGGGAUUGCGUGGACGUCAAGGUUUUGAAGGACCCAAGGGUGAUGAAGGCGCAAUGGGAUCUCAAGGGGAGCAGGGUCCUCAAGGAGAUAAGGGAGAUGUUGGAGCGCCGGGCAAAGACGGCCUAGAUGGAAUUCCUGGAACUGAUGGUGCCAAGGGAGAGCCCGGGCCGGUCGGAACCGUUGGCGUCAGGGGGGUUGUGGGCAUCCCUGGGCUUCCAGGCAAGCCAGGAUUAGUUGGACCUACUGGUGAAAAGGGCGACGCCGGUGCUGAUGGAGCCAUCGGGCCGAUUGGACUUCCGGGCAAAACCGGUGAGGACGGGAAACCCGGAGAAGAUGGAAAACCAGGAGAAAAAGGCUCAACUGGUGGAUCAGGGAAACAAGGGCCAGUGGGGCCAGCAGGUCCUCCAGGUAUUGAGGGUGAAAAGGGCGAGAAAGGCAACGCUGGGGAAACUGGAAUGAAAGGUCACACUGGACACAAAGGAGAUCAGGGCCCGAUGGGACCAGAGGGACCAAAAGGAACUUUGGGAGCUACGGGUCUUCCCGGAGAUCCUGGAGUCAAGGGAGAUCAGGGUCCACCUGGAAUUCCUGGAAUUAAAGGAGAGUAUGGAACAAAGGGCGACAGAGGAGCAACCGGACCAGAAGGUCGACCGGGUCGGCCAGGCCACGAGGGCGUGGCUGGUCCAAUGGGAUCCCGAGGGCUGGAGGGAGAGCCGGGUUUACCUGGGGCACCGGGUCCCAGAGGUCUGCCUGGCCCAAGAGUUAGCGACGACAACCUUCGGGAGAUGUGCUCGGCCGUGGUUGAAGAACAAUUAGGACAAUUCAUGAAAGAUUUCCUAAAGAGACCGGCUGCAUUGGGAUCUCCUGGCAUCCCAGGACAAGCGGGACCACCGGGCCCUGCUGGAGCUGACGGUGCUCCGGGACCACCGGGAGCUCAAGGGCCCAUGGGGGUCAAAGGCCAUCCGGGCUACUUUGGCAUGCCAGGUGCACCGGGAAAGAAAGGUGACCCUGGAGCUAAGGGAGAUAAAGGAGAUAAAGGUGAAGAUGGCGUUGGAAUCAAAGGAAGUGCAGGACUACCAGGUGCACCAGGUGUUCCAGGUGCUCCCGGCAUCGGCAAAGAUGGCAAGGAUGGAGAACGUGGCGAACAAGGAAGCCCCGGCGUCCCAGGAGCGGCCGGUCCAAAGGGUCCAUCUGGUCCACCAGGUCUUUGUGACCCAUCGACCUGCACAAUCCGAAAUCCACCACCUCUCUUUAUGUACAGCGGGAAGAAGUCAUCCACUUACAGAAAAAAGUGAGACAUGGACGCACCCGGAUCUUCAACCUUCAAGUGACGGACGGCGCUUAUAAACUGGUCCACAAGUCCAGUUUUGAUCUUCAGGAGUCUACAUUGGAACUGGGGAUGUUAGCGACACAAAGGGAAACAAGACACGGCACAACUGUAGAAAUUGUAUAGACUUGUGAGGAGCGACUUUAAUGGGAGCUAAUCGGAAGGUGAACGAGUUUUAACAAAUAUGAACAAACUGUAAAAUAGAAAACAUUUUGUCGGAC